UUUGCAUCCAACUCGGCCGCUGAUAAUACCACAAGCCACACAGGACAGCAACGCUACAAAUCCCUGGGUAGCUGUCAUCUGGCCCAUUAUGGUAGGGUCAACAUCGUCAUCAAUCUUCGAUUAAUUAUAAAAACAAAAGAGGAACCGCAACGUUAUAUAUGAGGAACUUGGACAUUGAUAUAUAUUAGUAAUGGAGUUUGAUAAUAAAUUGCCUGACAAGGAGACAACACGACUCUUGGAUGGUACGGAAGAUGAAACCAGCUACGGGGGUGUGCCUAAUGGCGAUACGCUUUAUAAGAAUAAACACAGUGUGGAUGCCAAGAAGGAGAAAGCCAGAUGGAAUUCUAUACGUGUGAUGUACUUCACCAUAUUCUGUGAAGCGGUUACGUAUUCCGUUACGUUGCCAUCGCUUUGGUCAUUUUUACAGGACAUUGAUCCCAGCGCUACGGCGACUUUACUCGGCUGGGCCAAUUCCACACAGGGCUUAUUUGCUCUGUUUUCCGGUUUUGUUUGUGGAUGGAUGGCGGGAAAAUACAACUGCAAAGCACCCUUAAUAGUGACACUUGUAGUCGGGCUGUUAGCCAAUACAGUAUAUGCCUGUGUCUAUAUACCCGAACAAAAACAUCGAUCAACAUUCUUGCUACUGUCUCGUGCUUUAGCGGGAAUACUGGCAGGUUGUAUCACUGUUACCAGAGUUUAUGUCAAUGAAGGAACUACGCUUUCCGAACGCACGCAGAUAUCAUCACGUCUCGUAACAGCCCAGUUAGUGGGAUACACAAUCGGACCACUCCUUCAGGUUGCAUAUGUUCCUAUUGGCGAAGUCGGAUGGACGGUAGGAGCAAUGAAAAUCAACGUAUACACAUUCCCAGCUCUAUCGAACUUCUGUCUAAUAUUCAUAAACUUGGUUUUGAUAAUUUUUGUUUUCCGCGAAAUUCGAGUUUCUGAUGAAUCUGAUCAAAAGAUACCUGAAGCUAAAAUAGAAAAUUCAAUCGAUACGAUUGAUGCGAUACCUUUGUCCGCAAUUGAUUUACCUGUUGUUAUGUAUUUGAAUGCAGUUUUCUGUGUUGCAAUAUUCAGUUUUGGUGUUAAUACCACUUUGGUAUCUCCAUAUGGUAUGCACAUGUUUGGUUGGACACGAGAGGAAGCCGUAGAAAAAAGCAGCAUCAUUUCAUUGACGUUGGCGAUACUUGCUAUUGUCGUUAUAGCAGUGAUGAGUCACCUACUAAAACGAUUCAAGGAACGAGUUUUUCUUGCAUUAGGCCUGGCAAUGAUGAUUGUGUGUACGCUAUUAGCAAUACCUAUGGGUCCUGGUGUGCCUCCUAGGCCAGAUAAGAAUAUAACAAACGGCACGGACGAUGAUGAUCAAGGCGGUUGUCCGUGGACUUACGAUUGGUGCGACACAACGCCCGCGAUUCCCUUAAUCCAGUUUAUAUUCUCGCUUUCUAUCCUAGGAGUCGGGUAUCCUAUGCUUCAAGCCAUUGCUUAUAUCAUAUAUUGUAAAACACUCGCUCCAGGCCAUCAGGGACUAUUAUUGGGCAUCUUCGCUUCAAUGGGCAACACUGGUAGGGUUCUCGGUCCUCUCAUUGGCUCAUUUAUCUAUACUGAAUUGGGUGUUCAGUGGGCAGAAGGAUUUCUGCUAAUUAUGCUAACCAUAGUGGCGACUGGAAUCUUCCCGUUUUACCGAAGGAUCGUACCUUACACGGAACAUCAACAGAAACACAAGAAACUAAUCAGUUGAUGUAAAUUCAACACGAAACAGUGUUUCAGUUUUACCAAAGAAUGAUGCAAUAAUUGGGCAUAUUUUAUACUUAUCAAGUGACAAGAAUUUAUUGAAAUAUGAUGAAGCAUGUAAUACAUAGUAUAUCACAUGCUUCUUCGUGUAGAAUACACAGAAUAUUGAUAUAAUUAUACUCAUUAGUUGGUGAUAAUUCAAACGCGUUUCCCUUGCCGAAAAGCAUGCGUUACGAUGGAUCAAAAUGAUGUCAAGUAGGCGACUAUGAAAGUUGGAAACGCGUUUCUGUAACAAAACGAUCAAUGUGCUAGACAUAGGCUGAGCAUUAACAUUACAAUGUGUUAAUCAGGUGACCACAAAACAGCCGAAGAGUUGCACGAGCUAAAAACUCAUGUUUAUAAAAUCGACAUUUUAUUACGUGCUUUCAACGAGUUCAACUCGAGUUCGAUGUAUUUAAACACGAGUUAGAUAUUCCGAGCGAAGUACCAACUAUUUGGAGUAAGGAAUACGGUACUCUUCGAGUUACAUUUGCGUUUUCUUUUCGAAUUUUAUUUCGAGAUGUUAACACGUUGCUUGAUUUUAUAAUUAAUAGCACGAAUUUAAAGCACCUACGAAUUUCUCCGAGUUAUCCGUACCUGAGCUUGUUCUCUCGGAAUUCGCCGAGAAACCAACUCGGCAAACUUAUCGAAACUCGAGGAGGAGGUUUGAGAGCUGCUAUUAAAGCCGAUCACCCUGUAGCCUUCAUCAUACGAACGAUUUUGCAUUU